AUGGGCAACAGUAUCUGCAAGAUUAUUGUCUGUUUUCCUCCUGAAGUUGGCCCCUACCGGAGAUCGCCUCAGUUACUUGAUAAGCUGAAAUUUUGGAUAUAUUAUAAGGCUCAAGCGGGCAUUGCCAACCGACAUCGCGAAGAUGGUAACAAUCAUUAUCACAAGAAAGAAUAUCAAAAUGCAAUUAAUUGUUACACUCGGGCAAUCAAGUGUGAUGCCUCUCAAAAAUACCCCUAUUCAGUUCACCAAUAUAUGGGGCGGUUUCGCCAUCCAGUUUAUUCAGCCUCGUUGGCUAACCGAGCAUCAGCGUACAUGGCCCUGGGCGAAUACCAGCGUUCCUCAGAGGACCUCAGAGAAGCAAUUGAUCGGUUUGAUCCCUCACUGACUGAAUCUAACAGAGCGACUUUGAUCAAAAGAGUCUUCCGUCUUGUGCGUUGCCAUCUGGCUCUACUAGACGGCCUCCGUGGGCUAGAUGCGUUGAGAAAGUUCGACUUCCAGUUUCAUCCUCACGAUCCGGACAUCAGCGAAUACCAAAGAUUGUUGUCACGUACCGAGUUGCUGGUCAACAUCAAGAAAUCAAUUGACAAUUCUCGAUCGACCAACCAAUACUGGCAAACAACCUUGAACCUUAUUCAGUCACUAGAUAAAAAAAUUGAGCCCUGGGGAUUCAAGUUCAACUAUGCUUGUCUUCCUGGCUCGUGGACUUAUUGGAAGGUAGAAGCGCUUGCUCAUCUGGGGAAAACUGUUGAGGCUGAAGAAGUGCUUGACCGAUGUAUCAAGGCUGACACAACCAAUGCUGCUGUGGACCAACGGGUACGGCGGGUACGGGACACGGGCGAGGCCAACAAUACCCGCGGGUAUCGCGGGUAUUAUAUUAGACCUUUGCAAGGGGUGAGCAGCUGCCAGCCGAAGAAGGAUGUGCAACGAAGGCGGCUGCAUGAGUCAGCAGGCGCCCGGCUGCAAUUAUGUUGGAGCAGGCGGCUGGCUGCGUUUAUUUCGGAGCAGGCAGCCGGCUGUGUUUAUUUUGGAGCAGGCAGCCGGGUAUAG